UUCUCCCGCAACUUCCUGUUUUUGUGUUAGUGGGUGGAGGGUGGGACCGAGUUGAGAUCGCUGUGAGCAGGCUGGAUCGGUCACAGGAUCUGCCGCAAUGUCCAGGCAGCGCGCGGCCUUGGGCAAGUCCCUUGUUGUAAAUGGAUACUUUUUGCCUUUAAAGAACGAUGUAGCGAAGGAAGGUUCAGAUACAGAGGACGAGGAUGAUGAUGACCCGCAGUUCCUGGACCUCCAAGACAUGAUGAGCGUGUCUGACGGCGCAGUUUCCGUCAGAACCUCUUCUGUUGCUCGGCGGUUCGUUAAAAUCAAUGACCUUGACUCCAACAGAACUUACAAGGUGUCUGGAAGGUUUCAUUUUACAGACCCAUGGUGGAAAGUGGCUGCAAAGAUCAAGUGCAUCCAGAAGAAAUGGUAUUUACAAUGUACAUCCUACAGUCUGAGGAGUCAUCUGGCAAAGCAAAGAAAGGAAAUUUUCAGCCUGUUCCUAACAGCAUGUAAAGUUCAUGAGCAACAUAAAAAACAAUUUAUUGAGACUUUGACAGAGGAUAGUAACCUUGAAUUUUCAAACCUGUUGAUGACCUUACAAAGGAUUGCAGAUAAGGAGGCAAUACAAGAACCAAACUUUGCAAAAAGCAUUAUUGCAGCCAUAAAUAGUUCAGUUGAAGGCCAAUAUGUGCAAUAUGCGUUAAAGUUCCACAACUUGAUGGAGAUCCUGCCCAAACUUCUGCCGAAGCAUUUCUUGGAAAUUUUAAUGCCGAAAGAGGAAAAUGGAAGAGUGCGCCGUGCAUGGCAUAUUCUGGAGGAGUUGGAACAUUUGAUUCAGACAGCAGUAUGGAAGCUAGGAUUCAGUCAAAUUCUUUCAAAGGAGCUACAACUGAUUGGUUGUGAGGCAUCCUUGUUGGCCUUUGAGGAAGCUGACCUAAUGAAGACAAUUCCAGAGUUACAAAGGCAUGCUUUGGUCAUUUAUGAUAAGCUGAAACAGACUUGCUGGAGUAAGGGGCACACCUACGUUCAAGUUGAUGAACUGACUGCAUUACGCUCAUCAGAGUUCAGUGUUCAAAGUGCAUGGGAAUCACUAAAAUUUUUAAAGGACUCCAAGAUAAUCAUAAUUGAAAAAAGGCGAGUGUACCUCAAGUGUUUUUAUAACUAUGAGAAAGAAAUUGCAUCUUGUAUAAAGGAACUUGUGAAUAAACCUCCUUGGCACAUUUCUCUAUCUGAAGCUUUGACAAAAGCCAGUACUGCAGAACAAAUGGAAACACUACCUGAAAACACAGAGCACAUUGAAGAAGUUAAAUUGGAUUCUUAUCAAUUGAAAGCUGCUAUCAUGAUGUGUGAAAAUCCUGUUACAGUCAUCAGUGGUAAAGGUGGCUGUGGAAAGACCACACUUGUCAGCCACAUCUUCAGCACGGUAGUUAAAAAUAUGGAGAGUGCAGAUAAUGAGGAACUAUUGCAAGCAUGUCGAGAUCUUGAGCAGGAUGAAUGGGCUCCUGAAAGUUGGGAUAUUCCAGUGGGCAAAACUCCCAAUGGUGACUCUGUUGACAAAGUUGAUGUCAGAAAGGUAUCUGUGCUGUUCACUGCACCAACUGGAAAGGCAGCAUCUCUUUUAAAGAAAAAAACUGGGUUUAAUGCUUAUACUUUACACCAGGUGAUGUGGAAUUUCUGGGCUACAGAGAAAUCAAUUGCAUCCGGGAAACCUCAUGAUUGGAUGUUUUCUGAUGUCCAGGUACUGAUUGUUGAUGAGGGAAGUUUGGUCUCCGUGCGUAUCCUAAGUACUGUUUUAAAGUUGCUAAUGCAGCAUGCCAAUCUCAAAAAACUUAUAAUCCUUGGUGAUGUUAGACAGUUACCAAGCAUCGAGCCAGGCAACAUGUUAAGUGAUGUUUUUUCCAGUUUGUACCGCAUUAGAUGGAGCAUUGAACUACCAACCAAUCAUCGUGCAGAGAGCCAGCUGAUCAUAGAUAAUGCUGCUAAGAUUGCUGAGAUGGGUUUGAAGUCUACAUAUAAGGAGUUGCAAUAUGACGCAGUGAUGCACAUAUCAAAGUCCAUAGAUGUCAUCAUUCCAACACCUGAUAAAAAAUUCAUUCUUGUUUCUCUACCCUCCAUACAUAAUUCCACCGGGGCAGAUCUUCAAAAAGCUAUUGAAUGUUUACUAAACUCAAAAGCCCCAGGACUAGACGAUGACGAGACUUCACAGUUCAUUGCGUUUAGACGGGUGGAUUGUGAAUUAAUUAAUGAACUUUGCUGCAAGCAAUAUGCAGGCCAUUCGAUUAGAAAUCAUAAAAACAAGAUUGAUUUCCAAGUUGGGGACAAAGUGUGCUGUUCAAAGAAUGGAUAUGUCAGAGACUUUACACAACAAUCAGAGGCGCAGACAAAGUCAGAAUCAAAAGAAGAGAAACGAGUUCGUCUUUGUAAUGGAGAAAUCUUUUUUAUCGCUGAGUAUAAAAUUGAACAAGUCAAGAACCAAAGCUUUCAUUAUUUGCUACUGGAUGAUAAGGAUAGUCGGCAAAUAUUAGUGAACUAUAAAAGUGUAAUGAAAGAGUGCAGAUUGCAACAUGCUUGGGCCAAAACAAUCCAUACUUUUCAGGGUUCUGAAGCUGCCACAGUUGUGUAUGUUGUAGGAUCAGCAGGAAGACAGAACUGGCAGCACAUCUAUACUGCAGUCACACGAGGGCGCCAGCGUGUCUAUGUUGUUACUGCUGAGGACGACUUUAUUAAAGCAGUGACGGCCAAAAGCCCUCACAGAAACACCCGACUGCGUGAAUUGCUGCAAGAGAAAAUACGAGAAAUGGAAUCCACUUCAAAAACUGCAGGAUUACUGACCAAGCAGGAACCAUGUAGCGUGCUUUUGAGAGUGCCUUCCACACCUGAAGUAGCGGCCUCAGCACAGUUCGAUUCACUAAUGCCUUCUGUCCAAGUAGUGGAUGACUCUGUGUUCUGCACAGCCAAUGAAAGAAGAAAGGACAAUGGCAAAAUGGAUCCUCAGGAAGGUGACUCCUUCUCAGCGGAUCUGGCAUUUGCACAAGAUUACAGUUGGUCACCUCAAAGUCUGGAGUUUGAAAACAGGGACUGUGAGGUGCUGAAAAGUACAACAGCUGUGCACAGCAGCUCUCUUCAAACUAGUGGUGGAACCACAAGUGAUAUUCCAGUCACAAUGACUGGAGAGGAGGUCGCAAGUUCUAAUAAAGUUUCAACACCUUGGUCUUGUGGCAGUAAGAGAAUUGGUAAUACUGUGGAAGAUGAGAAAUCACCACAAAAAUGCUCGAAGAUAUCCUUGGUGGAAUCACCUCUUGCCUGUAAGAUGUUUAGGCAGCUGGCACUUGACUACUCACCCCCAAGACACAACUUGAAAGUAAAGCAGCUUUUCAAAGAAGAAAAUUGAAAUGAGAUGAUGCCAAACCCCCCAAAAAAAGAGGAAAUGUGCAAUAAGUUAAAGGAGUAGCAUGCUUUCAUGGAGGAGAUUUAAUGUUGUGAAGAAGUUGGAGGUUCUAACAAUAGUAUUUUUAAACUGGUUUUAGGAGAACAAUUUGCACUGACUUGUAAGAUUAACUUGUUUAAAAAUGUGAUCUGAUUCUGUUUCGUCAAUUACCACCAAUUACCAUGAAUAAAAAUAAUGUUUAAAAAG